GCCGUCAUAAUGAGUAUUUUGUGAUCCCAUCCUCCAUCCAGAGAACCAAGGAACGUCAGGCGAGAUAUCAAUUUUGCAACCAUGUCACAGAACAAGGUACCGGCGAGGAAGCAGCAAGACCUGCAGGCGCAGUAUUCAAACUACAAAAACACGCUCCAGACCAUAGCGCAGAAGAUCGGGGACAUUGAACAAGAGACGGAAGAGCACAAACUCGUUCUCGAAACCCUCACGCCGUUGGAUGACGACCGGAAGUGCUUCCGGCUCAUCAACGGCGUGCUGGUGCAGCGGACGGUGAAGGAUGUCGUCCCAGCGCUGACAACCAAUGCGGAUGGACUAAGUAAGGUGCUCGAGGACCUUGUGGGCCAGUAUAAAACCAAGGAAGCGGAGAUGGAGAAGUGGAAGAAGGACAACAAUAUUCAGAUAGUGCAGCAAUAAGGCAAGCCGGACGAGAGAUGGGGUGUGUGGAGCUCGUUUGAGAGAAGUAAAUCGUCUCUCGUAAACGGAUGAACCGCUUGCGCGGUAUGGGAGACGUGGUUUGAUGGUGGUAGCGGCGAGGAUCUGUUCAUGGUAGAAAUGAAUGCGGAUUCCGACUUACUGUCGCGCACGUAGGCUGUUUACAUCGAACGUGCUAUUGCGGAUGACGUCCUACCAUCAAAGCCGGAUAUAUAUUGUAUAGUACCCAAACAUACACCGAUUUGCACCUGU